GCGGGCCGCCAGGUGCAGGUGCGCAGCCUCGGAGAAGCGGGGGAUGGGGACGGCGGUCCUCGCACGCGCAGCUGGAGCCGGGCUGGGGCUGCUCCUCUGCAGCCAGUGAGCACCGGAGAGCCGGAGCCGCCUGGAGGGAGGCGCGUGCGUGGAGCCGGGGCAGGGCUCCCGGAUCCCGCCCGAAGCAGCGCAGGAGCCGAGCAGCCGCUGCUCUCGGAUCUGCCGGGCGGCCGACCAGCCUGAGCAUGGCCCGGGUCGCCGCAGCCAUCCUCCCCGCGCUGCUGCUGCUGCUGCUGCUGCUGCCCACUCCUACCCGGAGCCCUGGAGUGGCAGGAGAACCGCUUGAUUGCGAUGCUCCACUGGUCUCUGCUUUGCCUCUGACAUCCUUCAGUGGCUCCUCAGAGCUGUCCAGCAGCCAUGGUCCUGGGUUUGCCAAGCUUAAUAGAAGAGAUGGAGCUGGUGGCUGGACCCCACUUGUGUCCAAUAAAUAUCAAUGGCUUCAGGUUGACCUUGGAAAGAGAAUGGAGGUCACUGCUGUGGCCACCCAGGGAGGAUAUGGGAGCUCCGACUGGGUGACCAACUACCUCCUGAUGUUCAGUGACGGUGGGAGGAACUGGAAGCAAUAUCGUCAAGAAGAAAGCAUCUGGGGCCUUCCAGGAAACACAAACGCAGACAGUGUGGUGCAUUACAGACUCCAGCCUCCCUUCCAAGCCAGAUUCCUUCGCUUCCUCCCUUUAGCCUGGAACCCCAAGGGCAGGAUUGGCAUGCGGAUUGAAGUAUAUGGGUGUGCAUAUAGAUCGGAGGUUGUUUACUUUGAUGGACAAAGUGCUCUGCUCUACAGGUUUGAUAAAGAAUCCAUAAGACCAGUCAGAGAUGUUAUUUCUUUGAAAUUUAAAGUAACACAGAGCAGUGGAAUUCUGCUCCACAGAGAAGGACCACAUGGAAAUCACCUUACUCUGGAAUUAGUCAAGGGAAGGCUUGUCUUUUAUCUUAAUUCAGGCAAUGGGAACCUGCCCCCCACUCAUGCUCAUACCAACUUCACAUUGGGCAGCCUGCUCGAUGACCAGCACUGGCACUCGGUCCUCAUCGAGCUCCUGAACACACAUGUCAACUUCACUUUGGACAAGCACAGUCACCAUUUCCAUGUGAAGAGAGAAUCCAGUUAUUUGGAUCUUAAUUUUGAGAUCAGCUUUGGAGGAAUUCCGAUGCCUGGAGGAUCACUGGCAUUCUCACAUAAAAAUCUUCAUGGAUGUUUAGAAAAUCUUUACUAUAAUGGAGUUAAUCUCAUUGAGUUAGCCAAGAAACACAGACCACAGCUCCUCAUAAUGGGAAAUGUGUCCUUCUCGUGUCCACAACCGCACACUGUUCCGGUGACAUUUCUGAGUCCCAGGAGUUAUCUGGCUCUUCCAGGCAACCCUGGGAAGGAUAAAAUAUCUGUCACUUUUCAGUUCCGAACAUGGAACAAAGCGGGGCAUUUGCUUUUUGGUGAACUUUGGCAUGGUUCAGGAAGUUUGGUCCUCUUUCUUAAGGAUGGAAAACUCACACUGAGUCUCUCCCAGACAGGACAAUCCCCAAGGAACGUCACAGCAGGUGCUGGACUAAAUGAUGGACAGUGGCAUUCUGUGUCCUUAUCUGCUAAAUGGAGCCACCUGAGUCUGGGGGUGGAUGGUGACACUGAUGUUCAAUCCCUGGUGCUUGAGCUCAUUCGUUCAGGUGACAGCUAUUAUUUUGGAGGCUGUCCCCACAACAGGUCUAGUUCUGGUUGUGGAAGUCCCCUGAGAGGGUUCCAGGGCUGCCUGAGGCUCAUCUCCAUCGGUGACCAAGAGGUGGAUCCUAUCUCAGUACAGCAGGGGGCGCUAGGGAGCUUUGGUGACCUCCAGAUUGACUCCUGCGGCAUCACAGACAGGUGUUUGCCCAGCUACUGUGAGCAUGGGGGUGAAUGUUCCCAGUCAUGGGACAGCUUCUCCUGUGACUGUGAGGGCACAGGUUACACAGGAGUGACCUGCCACUCCUCCAACUAUGAGCAGUCUUGUGAAGCUCACAGGCACAGAGGCAGCCCCUCUGGCCUCUACUACAUUGAUGCAGAUGGAAGUGGCCCCCUGAGACCGUUUCUUGUGUACUGCAAUAUGACAGACGCCGCGUGGACCGAGGUGCGGCCGAGCGGGUCCGGCGCGGGCACGGUCCGAGGCGGCCCCCGGGGUGGCGCGCGCUCCGCGGCCUUCGCGUACGCGGCGAGCGCCGGGCAGCUGCGCGCCCUGGUGGAGGCGGCCGAGCGCUGCGAGCAGCGGCUGGAUCUGCGCUGCAGGGCCGCGGGGCCCGCCGAGGCCGAGGCGCGAGAUGGAACCCCGCUGAGCUGGUGGGUUGGAAGAACCAAUGAAACACACACUUACUGGAGAGGCUCUCUGCGAGAUGCUCAAAAGUGCACUUGUGGAUUAGAGGGGAACUGCGUUGAUUCUCAGUAUCACUGCAACUGUGAUGCUGACCGGAAUGAAUGGACCAGUGAUACAAUAGUCCUUUCCCAUAAGGAGCACCUGCCAGUCACUGAGAUUGUGGUGACAGACACAGGCCAUCCACAUUCUGAAGCUGCUUAUGCACUAGGACCUCUGAUUUGCCAGGGGGACAAGUCAUUUUGGAAUUCAGCCUCCUUCAACACUGAGACUUCAUAUCUUCAUUUCCCAACUUUCCAUGGAGAACUUACUGCUGAUGUGUCCUUCUUCUUUAAGACCACUGUCUCCUCUGGUGUGUUCAUGGAGAAUCUGGGGAUCACAGACUUUAUCAGGAUAGAGCUGCGUGCUCCCACAGAAGUAAUCUUUUCCUUUGAUGUGGGGAAUGGACCUUGUGAACUGACCGUGCAGUCACCCACUCCCUUUAAUGACAAUCAGUGGCAUCAUGUGAGGGCAGAAAGGAAUGUUAAAGGAGCAUCUCUUCAGGUGGACCAGCUCCCUCAAAAGACACAACCUGCCCCUGAAGGUGGGCAUGUCCGCUUACAGCUCAACAGCCAGCUCUUCAUUGGUGGAACGGCCAGCAGGCAGAGGGGCUUCCUGGGCUGUAUCCGGUCCCUGCAGCUGAAUGGGAUGGCCUUGGACCUGGAAGGAAGAGCCACGGUGACUCCAGGAGUGGAGCCAGGCUGUGCAGGUCACUGCAGCAGCUACAGUCACCUGUGUCUCAAUGGAGGGAGAUGUCAAGAGAAACUCAGGGGUAUCACUUGUGACUGUACCUUCUCUGCUUAUGAUGGGCCACUCUGUUCACAUGAGAUCUCUGCAUAUUUUGAAACUGGCUCCUCAGUGACCUAUAAUUUUCAAGAACAUUCUGCCCUAAGUGAAAAUACUAGUACUCUGGCUUCUUCGUUACACGGGGAUGUGACACUGAGCAGAGAAACCACCACACUGAGCUUCCGGACCACGCGAGCUCCCAGCUUACUGCUUUACGUGAGCUCUUUCUACGAGGAAUACUUUUCAGUAAUCCUGGCCAACAAUGGAAGUUUGCAGGUUAGGUACAAGCUGGACAGACAGCAAGAUCCAGAUGUUUUUAACUUCAACCUGAGAAACCUGGCAGAUGGACACUUCCACCAACUGCUGAUUAGCAGAGAAGCAGCACUGCUCUCCAUAGAGGUUAACCAGAGUGCAAGGGGACAAGUCAUCUUAUCCUCGGGGACAGAAUUCAAUGCUGUCAAAUCGCUCAUACUGGGAAAGAUUUUAGAGCCCCUGGACGCGGACCCCGACACGCGGCGCGCCGCGGCCCACGGCUUCACCGGCUGCCUGUCGGCUGUGCGCUUCGGCCUGGCGGCUCCGCUGAAGGCGGCGCUGCGCCCCGGGCCGACCCGGGUCACCGUCCGCGGCCGCGUGCUCCCCGCGUCCCGCUGCGCGGCGGGGCCGGGCCUGGGCUCCGCGGCGCGGGAACUGGCUCCCCGGCUCGCGGAGGGCGCAGGUCACUCGGGAUCGGCGGAUGAGGGAGAGCCCCUGCUGAAUGCUGAAGGGAGUGACUCCAGGGUGAUCGGAGGCGUGAUAGCAGUGGUGAUAUUUAUCUUGCUCUGCGUCUCGGCCAUAGCCAUACGUGUCCAUCAACAAAGAAAGUUCCACAAAGCAGACGAGUCCAAAGUCUCAAAACAUGAAGAGUGUUAGGACUGCUUUAAAACGUGAAUUCAGUGGGUCGGAAAGAGUUGUCCUUUGUGGGCAGCUCCCGCUUGGCUGUCCUGUUCCUGCUGUCUCUGCGGGCCUGGCUGGGGGUGCCCUUCUUUCCUCAGAAACCUCCUCUGCCAGCUGCUACCCCAGCAGGGAGUUUAGGGUGGUCAUUAAUCGUGGUUCACUGGCUCCCUGGACAAGAAUGCUCUUUUGCAAUUAGAGAUUUAAUUUGUAUAAUAGUUGUGAAUUUUAGCUGGAGAGAAUAAAUGACCAUCAAGGUCCGAUCCUGCUUACUUAAAGAAAUAGGACAGAACUUUUGUUCAGAUACAAAAGAUGAAGUGAACCUUGUUUUGUUUUGUUUUUGUACUUAGAUGCUUACCUGAGCUCCCUUGAUUGUUUCUCUGCUGAUCUGCAUAAAACAAAAUGCUUUUCAGAUCACUUUCACCUGCAUUUCCAUAAUCCUGGGAUCCAGAGGCACAUGACCUACCAAAAAGUUAAUUGUGCUUUUACUUUCCCUGUCUUGCUGUUCUACACAAUGAGAGGCCUGCAAAUAUUAUUUUUGGUGUAUUUUUUUUCUAGUUGGCUGUUUUAAAUCACUUUGAUAAACUUUAAUGUGGAAAUUGGUAUUGAAAGUUAUGAAAUUUUAAUAUUCAAUUUUGUAAUGGAAUGGAAAAUCAACAGGGAACAAGAUGCAUAGAGAAUGUCAAUUUAGAAAAUCUGCCUAUUUUUUUCGUAAUUUGUAAUUAUAGUUUUUGUAAAUUGUAAUUAUGUUUUUAACUAAAUUUAUAUCCAGAUACAAAUACUGCCUCUUAUAAUGAGUUAUCCUUUAAUUAUAUCAGUAAUACUUGUGUAAAAACAUAAUCCUAAGCAUUUUUAUCCUCAAAUAUUGAAAGAUUCUGUCAGUUUUUAUUCACUAUUCUAUAUUUCUCUUUCUCUAAGGUUGUUACCGAUAAACCUUUUGUUUCCUAUGACCAUUGUAUAGAACACCUUUCAAUUCAUUUGGGAAAUUAGUUUAAAUGGAAGCACUCCAAUUCUCUUUCUAGGUUUUGAAUUGCUUUAAGCAUAAAUAUGGUAUGUUAUCUACUAUCUGUCUAAUUGCUUUUGGAAUAUAAACAGUAGGCUACUUACGCCACAGAAUGAUGACAUUUAUAUAAUCUGUAUUAAACCUGCAGUUCUAAUCAGAGGUUUAUAAUAACAAGACUGAAUUUCAUAGAUUACCCCAAAUUGAAUAUGUGCUACCAGUGGAAGUAUGUCUCAUUAGGAUUUAUACACACACUUCAAUAGCAGAGGGUGGAAUUCAUUUAGUGGAGAUAAUAAUGAGGCAGAGGCAGUGGUUAUUUGGUAAUUGCAAGGAAUGACCAUGUGGUUUAAGUAAAAUAAUUAUAGUACGCAACGCUCGCUCUCCAGAAUCCAGAUAAUGAUUGCCCACCAAAGACUAACUGGGUAGUUUGUUCAGAUCGAAGCAAGGUAGAAAUCUACCAUCACAAAAUGAAUUUCUACCUUAUUUGUAUUAUUUUGGGGAUAAUGAGUAGAGAUCCUCUCUUAAAUCUGUUCCUAGCAAAUGAUUACUUUCCAGAUUCCUCAUCUCCAUUGAUGUCUGUGUGGGUGAUGGAGUUUUCUACUACUGUGUUACUGUAUGUAAUAAUAUAGAGGGACACAUUUUCAUAAGUGAAAAUUUGCUUUUGGUUUUCUCUCAAAAGACACACUUGGAUGGGGAAAUAUUCAAUAAAAAUACAGUACAUUUUAUCAGUCAUGUCAUGCUUGCUACCGCCUUUGCAGUGGCUUCUUUUAUUCCACAGAAGAUUCUGGAAUCUGGAAGCUCACAGGGUUGUAGAGGAUAAAACACCACAGCCCCUGCUCUGUACUUCUUGCAAGUCAGCAAAACAAAGGCAUCAGAUUACACAGAUUGCCAUCCACGACCAGACCAACUGCACUGAUUUUUAGACUUUACCUUUUUAUUUGAAAAAUAAUUCAUUUUUAGAAUAAAAUGAGAAAACUAUUUUAAGGUAAGUUGUAUAAAUAAAUUCACUUUGGAAUAAAAAUUAUUUUAAGGGAAGUUGUGAAAACUUGAGUUAUGUAGUUUUUCCUAAUUAACACAAAAAUGUGCAGAUAAAUACUUACUGUACUGGUUUGUGCAUUACUGUUGCUUGUAA